AUGACUGUGCAACAGCAUUUACUCACAAAUUUCUUUAGACCAAAGUCUGCUCGAAAGAAAGAUGAUGAAGGGUCUCACAAGGAGCCAGAUCGGUCUCAUCAUGCUUCGCGAGAGCAAGCUCAGCUACACGAAAAGCCAUCCAAGUGCCCCGUGUCUACAGAGCAUAAUCCGCCAAAGAUGGAUCAUGCAGUCGACUUUCGUUUUGGGGGGUUCUCUUCGGUUCACAGACCAACUGUGAACAGGGAUUCUUCUCUCCACGAGAAAUUCGAAAAGCAUUUCACAGGCUCUAGCCAAAAACGAUCUGAUCCGUUCAAUUCAGAUACUCUUUCAAAGAAAAAACACAAUUUCAAAUUAACUCCUUUGGAGCAACAGAUUAUCGAGCUUAAGAGGCAGAAUAUGGAUAAAAUAUUAGCUAUACAAGUUGGCUACAAGUACAAAUUCUUCGGAAACGAUGCUCAAAUUGCCUCUAAGAUCCUCAAUAUUAUGUAUAUUCCGGGCCGCGUAUCCAUCAAUGUUGAGAAUGCUUCUGAGGAAGAAAACCUGUAUAACCGGUUUGCUUAUUGUUCAAUUCCCGAUACCAGACUACACGUGCAUUUGAAACGACUUUUACAUAGAGGUCUUAAAGUUGGUGUCGUGGAACAGAAAGAAACAGCCAUCAUGAAGCAGAAUGCAGGUACUGGCAGUAAACUUUUUGAGAGAAAAGUCACAAAGGUUUACACUUCGGGGACGUAUAUUGAUGAUAAUGAUCUCAGCAAUGGUGGAAAAUCGAUUGUUUGUAUUCAAGAAGGAGUUGAUGCCAAUCAUUGGGUUUCAUUGGUCGCUGUCAACACCUACAGAGCAGAGAUCACCUAUGACGAAUUUUCAGAUGAUUAUACAUGCUCAGGUAUAGAAACACGGCUUCUUCAUUUAGAACCUAUAGAGAUCAUUACUGUUGGACAACUCAGUAAAGAGGCCAGAUGCUGCAUAGACGGCUUUAGAAGGUCGUUGAGGACCGAUUCGGACCAGUUACGACUAAUUAAGGUUUUGCCAAAGACCACGAAUGAAUACGUCGGCGAAUUGGACCAGUUUUCAUUCAACGAGGAUGUUAUUUCGUUCAUAACCCGUCAGAAACCUGCGUUGCUUAGUUGCUUUUGUGAACUCAUGCUCUAUCUCCACGAUUUUGAGCUCUCGUCUGUUUUUAAAUUAUUGUUGUAUUACAGACAUUUUUCAGAAGUUGAUAAUAGCAUGGUUCUUGAUUCUAAUACCAUCAAAAACUUGGAGAUAUUUCAUAAUGUUACUACCGGAACUGAGAAGGGAUCAUUAUUUUGGAUUCUAAACCAUACGAACACGCCGUUUGGCAAGAAAAUGCUUCGCAGUUGGAUUGCAAGGCCUCUCAAUGACCGGGAGCAUAUUCUUGAACGUUCCGGUGCCAUACAGACCAUUAAUGACCACUAUACAAGUAUUCCAGUGGAGAGAGUACUUCGUCUUUUGAAGUAUUGUCCAGAUUUGGAGGUUUCUUUGAGUAAAUUGCAUUAUGGCCGUUCAAAAAGAAAGGAUGUGUAUCUGUUUUUGAGGAAAAUGGAUGAAAUCUUUGAAGUCUUCGAAAGGAUUCGUCCGGAACUUGUUCAUGAUGCCUUUGAAUCUCAUUACUUGAUUGAAAUUUAUCAACAUAUUAAGAAUACAGUGAGCUCUGAUCUAAAAGAGUUUCGCAAGCUCUUUGGCAUGAUUUAUUCCCCGGCAGCAAUGGAUGAGCAGGAUGAAGAGGGUCAUGUUAUGAAGUAUUUCAAUGAGAGUUUUUACCACUAUGAUGUCAUCCAGGAGCAGCGCUCUCACAUCAAGGAUAUAGAAAACUUGCUCGAUGAAGAAUUGAACAAGACUGCACAAGUCUUGAAGAGGCCCCAUCUCAAGUAUGUCACUAACAAUAAAGAGCCUUAUCUUAUAGAGGUUCGAAAUAAAGCGGUGAAGAGUGUUCCUGUAACAUGGCUGAAAAUCAAUGGAACCAAGUCUGUUUCUCGAUUCAGGUCCCCUGAGAUUACUGAAUUGUAUGAAAAGUGGCUUUAUUAUAAAGAGUGCCUUCGCCAACAAUGUAAUCAAUGCUUUCGGGAGUUUGUCACCAAGAUUGAUUACUAUUUUUUGAGUUUAAACACUGUAAUCAAGCAGUUGGCUACCUUGGACUGUCUAUUUUCGCUUGCUUCUGCAUCAUCCGUAACCGGAGACUACUCAAAGCCAGAGCUUGUUGACAAACCAAUGGUUAAGUUGAUUAAUGCUCGCAAUCCAAUUUCGGAAACUUUGAAGUCAACCUAUAUUUCAAACGAUUUCACGGCAUGCGAUGAUAAAAAUAGGGUCUCCAUCAUUACAGGACCCAACAUGGGAGGCAAGUCUUCUUUCAUCAGACAGAUCGCACUUAUUGUUAUUAUGGCACAGAUAGGCUGCUACAUUCCUGCAGAUAGAAGCAGUAAGUUGGGUAUUUUUGAUUCGAUCUAUAUAAGAAUUGGAGCUUAUGACGAUAUUUUCAAGGGACAAUCCACCUUCCAGGUUGAAAUGUCAGAAUGCAGCACCAUUCUAAGUAAGUGUACGGAGAGGUCGUUGGUUUUAUUGGAUGAGAUUGGUCGUGGCACAAGUUCAGUUGAUGGCUGUGCCAUUGCUUACUCUAUAUUGGAUUACCUAUGCUUCGACAAAAAGCCAUUUGUUCUUUUUAUUACCCAUUUCCAGAACUUACAGGUGUUUGAGAAUCUCACCCAUGGUGCGGCAAAGAACUAUCACUUGGGAUUCCAGAAGCAUGAUGAUGAUCUUGUUUUUACUUACAAGUUUGUUGAGGGCCCGUCCGCAAGAUCGUACGGCGUUUACUGCGCUAAGUUGGCUGGGCUACCCGACGACGUUACUGAAAACGCAUUGAAGGUGUCCAGGGUUUUGGAGAAAAAAUGGAUUUGUAGUCGUACCAGGAGUAUGGCUAAAUCAAUAAGAGAUGUACUGUCUUCAAAUGGCCAAGGUCUUGCAGAUAUAUGGCAGGCCGUUGCCGAAUUUGAGUAG